CGUUUGGUAUGCUUGCUUUGCCUUUGCAUUAUAUGUUGGCUUUAUGUCGGAGUUCCGGACCCUCCAGCCACCAGCAAAGAAGGGGCAAAGUUGGCCCACUGGUUGAGGGACCACGAGGGACGAAAUUCUUUGGACCCACCCAAUGAAGACGUGGCUUUCACGGUCCCUGCGUUUGCAACUGACCCGAUCUCAGGGAGCAAAGUUGGCGUCCUCGAGCGGCCUGGGAUGUUGCUUUAAGAUGAACAAAUGUGUGUCGAACCGCAUCAUCAAAUCACUGCAGAAAUUUGGUUGCUUUCCUUUUCUGUCAGCACUUUGCUUCCCUUCCCCGUUGAGCCCAGCCCAAUAAGGUACUGCACCUUUUACUGGAAGCGCAACUGGCAACACGCACAAGAAGGUGCUCCUUUUUGUAGCAAUCCGCUCCCAACCCAAAGUCACAACCUCAAGCUAUGCCAAGCAAGCUCUGCCAAGCAUGUGAUGAUUUGUUGUGCAUUGGCCAUUGGCUCACAGUUCCCGGAAGGGAGGAUUGUUGUGACCCACGGAGAACAGUGAACAGCCCAAGGAUCACUGGCACAGCAUGGCUUUGCGAAGUGCUCGUAUCCUUCGAAUGGCCAGUGAAGCCACAGGUGUGACCAACAGGCUGCUCUUGACUCUGACAUCCCCUGGAGAGGCCAUUUGUGUCAAGAAGCCAGUGGACAGUGUCACCGUGCCCGGAACGGAGGGCGUUUUCACCGUCACCAACAACCACUCGCUGAUUGUCUCCCAGCUCAAAGCUGGCGUCAUCAAUGUGAGAGAUGGCUCGGAGAUGAAGGACUACUUCAUCUCGGAUGGCUUCCUGUUCUUCAAUCAUCCCACUGAUGGCUCUGGCUGCUGCACUGCAGAGGUGGCCGGUGUUGAGAUUGUCCCUACCUCCGCGCUGGACAAGGACCGCGCCACUCAAGUGCUUUCAGAGCUGAUGGCAGCGCCCAAGGACAAUGAGUGGGAUCGUGCAAAAGCGCAGUUGGGGGCUGCACUCGUGAAUCAGGUCAUUAAGGCUGCGGAGUGAGUAUGGAUUGGCACGUGAGGGCCGCCUCAUGGAAUCAUUUUGUAAACAUAGGAAACGUUGGAAACUGAAGGUCUGGGCAGAGACAUGAUACUGAACCUCCU